AAAAAUGUCAACAUUACCAACAAAUUAGCAGUGAAACAUCGCUCCUGUUCGCUUACAAAUGCAGACAAGUUUUAUCACUGGCUUCUCCGAGCAUAAAAUUCAUGUUAGACGUUAAUAUUUCGGGCUGUCACUGCGCAGGAUGGAUGUAUCUCCCAGUGGCCAGUCCUCCCUUGUCUACAGCUUGGCCACACUCCUCCGAAAUGAUGGCGACUUAGUGCUGGAUGGCAGCAGCACACUGACCCUGCAGGCCGCCAGCUUGCAGCAGCUGAACAGGCUGUUUGAACAGUACCUGCUGUCCAGGAGCCAGCAGCACGGCUUUCUGGCUCUGCCCUCCCACCCUGCCGACACCACCUCCCUGCUGCAUCUACAAUUCCUGUUCGAUGUCCUGCAGAAGACCAUCUCCCUCAAGCUCAUCAACCCGCCCGGCGUGAGACUUCAGUCUGUGCUGAAAAUCUUCCCCUUCAAGUCUCUUAAGUGUUUAGAGCUAAAGCGUGUCCCCCCGCACUGUCUAGAGGGACUUAGAGGAGUUUACUCCCAGCUGGAGGUCUUCAGCUGCUCAAAGAGUCUCAGCUCCCUGGAGGAGCUGCUCUCCCUGUGCGGCGGUGAUCUCAGCUCUGCACUGCCUUGGCUGGAACUGCACACGCUCAACUUCAGCUACAACUCCAUUGUCUGCCUUGACCAGUCACUAAGUUUACUGAACGUCUUGAAGUUUUUGGAUUUAAGCCAUAACAAGAUUCAGGAGUGCGCGGAAUUUCUAAAGCCCCUGAGUGAACUGGAACACUUAAAUCUUGGCUAUAACUGCCUGCAGAGGGUGCCAACGCUGGGCCUGAGUGCCAGAGCCAAACUGCUCACACUCAUCCUCAGGAACAAUGAACUAGAGACUAUAAAUGGAGUGGAGCAGUUGUCUUCACUCCAGCACUUAGACCUAGCCUAUAAUCUUCUGUUGGAGCAUUCCCAGCUGGCACCUCUCUCCCUGCUGCACUGCCUCAAUACACUUAACCUGGAGGGAAACCCACUGUACUUCCAGAAAACUCACCGCACGUGUACCGUCCGUCAUCUCUCCCCAAAGGCUGUCAACCUCAGGCUCAAACUUGAUGGCAUCCAGCUGUCCUCAUCAGAGUUAUCAGUUUUGCCAAAGCCAGGACAGAUGAUUGUCCAGCCACAGAUUGCUCCCCCAGUUUCCCUACCUCCCGAACGGAGUAACCAGGAGGUGUCCAGUGGAGCUGGGGAGCUGAGUGACAGUAUGUCGGUUGGGGAGGUGGGAGUCUCACACAUUCGCAAGAAGAAAACCAGGAGUAAAGUUAGAGUACGGCGAGCCAGCAUCUCUGAGCCCAGUGAUACAGAUUACGAGCCCAGACCAGUGUCCUCCACACAGGCCAUCGUCCUUCCCCACCAAGCAGAGAUUGAACGCAUGUCCAGCUUCAGAGAGCAGCUGGGUGAGGACUGGCUGCGGUUCCAGCAUCAUCUAGAUGGAGCGUCCCCCUCUACCAUCACCACAGUUGUUAGCACCAACCAGCCCAAUCCUCAACCCCAAACCCUCCCCAACGGCCUCGGCACCAGCACACGUCCAUCAGACAUCACAGAGGACGUCCUGGAAGAUCUCCCUCGACCUCUUCUCUCCUCCGAGCAAAGGGCGGAGGCUGACAGUGUGGAUGCAGAACCAGAAACAGAGUCCACUCUACGGUGUCCUUUACAGUCCACCUUGGAGGAAAGCACGCUGAUGAGCCAGGGAGUGGUCGGCUCUCCUGGGCCGAGUCCAGACUCCCAGAGGUCGGCUAGAGCACAGAGUGGAGACUUAAAGGAGGAAGAAGAAGAGGAGGAUCUGGGAGUGGACCUGUGUCGUCCCCUUGUUGUCGGCGUCUUAUCCGACAAAGAAGAGGAAGACAACGAAGGCCAGGGCGAGUCGAGGAAAAAGAGAAGGAAGAGGAGGGAGGUGUUCCUGUGUGUCAAACUGGGCCUGUUGCUGGAGGUGGACAUGCAGAGCGGCCAGGAGAGAUGCCGACUGGAGCUGGACAGCUUGGCUGGGGUGGAGACCACAGAGGCCGCCUGGACCCGAGGGGAGACUGAAGAGAUGCUUCCAGCUGUGGAGCUUCAGUUCGAUUACAUCAGCAGGGAGAAGAGGAGGAGAAGCUAUGUGCUGCUGGAUGAUGACCCACAGCAGGCUCUUCAGGCUCUGACCGACGUACUGUCUCAUGUGACGGAGGAAAACCGGCGGCGUGACUCCGAGCUCCGUCCCAGCUGUGUUCGCCUGCAGUGCCUCCGCUGCAGGUCAGAGUUCAGCGCUCAGAGUGAAGGAAGUGAAGAGGAGCAGGGAGGGAGGGGCAGAGGUAGAGGGGCUGCCAUUCUGCCAGAGGGUGAGGAGGAGUCAACUGAGUAUGAUGACAGCAGCAAAGGAAACGCCAACAUUUGUCCAGAGUGUGGUAGUGACCAUGUUGUCCAGCUGGCUGGCCAAGCAGCUCCCUGCUGCAGCACACCGAUCCGCUGUUCAUCAAGGCCAGACAGUGAGGACGACCGCCUUGAUAUAACCCAGAGCACUCGUAGUGCCAAUAAGGAGGAUUACACAGAUGCCAGUAUUAGUAGCAGUCCUAUUCUGGAAUCUGCCAUCACUACAGAAGAUCCCACCUUUGUUACGGCUCAGGGAAGCUCCUUCUUCAUCAAGGAGGGUCAAAGCGAUACCUGCAGUCUUUCUUACAACACAGACUGCCAAAGUAAAGAGGAUCUGGCUGGGAGUUACCACUACUCCGCCCUCGAUGGUACACCACCUGAAGUCCAGUCCCAACCUGCAGAAAGAGCCUCCCCGAAUGAUGAUUUGGACCUGCUGUCUGAGGACUACGAGGCGGUGGACCAUCGCCUGAAGCUUUUCCUGGACGUGGAGGUCUUCGAAGAGGAAGAGGAGUUUCAUUCUUUUCUUAAGAUGUCAGCUGUCAACUUUGGGGAGCCGUGGGAGGUUCCCUCUCUGUUGGUGGUGUCAGACCAGCGAUUGUAUUUCCUGGAGAUGACCUCAGAAACCCACAGAGGUCAGCUCUCUGAUUGGCUGCAGAAGAAAGACAGCCACCCAAUCAUGGAACUGAGCUACCUGGAGGUGGGUCUGGGCUCUCAGAGCAUCCACAUGGAGUUUGGAGAUGGGGGCGUGGCCUACACCCUCCUUGUGAGGGACAGUUUACGCUGCAAACGCUUCUUUGGCCUCUUGACAGGAAUCGUGCGUGAGAUGGCUCACAAGUCAGACAGCAAGCUGAAAUCCAUCUCCACGACGAGACUCAACCCUCAGCACCACCUCUGGCCUCUGGUGUGCGAAGACAUUCAGGCAGAUGUGGAGGACGGCCAGCUGCAGUUUUUCUACAUUCUGGCGUUCGUCCUGCAAGAGGACAUUUGGACGCCUUUGACAGUCCUGGCAACCAGAGAAACGCUGUAUCUGCUCAAAGAGGACCACCAGUGGAGGAAGAGUUCCAACGACACAGAGGCUGGUGAGCAAAAAGAGCCGAGCAGCGGGAGCUUCACCGUGUUGGAAACGCUGCCGAUCAGCUGCGUGAGCUCCAUCAACCUGUGGCCUUCAGAUCAGUGCAGGAUGGAUGUCAAGCUUUAUGAUGAGACUGUGAAACAGGAGAAAACUUGGUGUGUGCGCUCGGAGAGCAGCGAGCUCCUCCAGGGUCUUCUGGCCUGGGUCAGAGCACAGUGGGAGGCCAUGUUCGGAGUAAAACUGCACACAAGCCUGCAAGACAAAGAGGCAUAAUGGGGGGAGGCCAGGAAAGAAGAAAAAAAAAAAAAAGUUACAGACUUUGUGUAUGCGUGCUCCUGUGUAUUUUGUGAGCAUGAAUCUGCGUGUUGGUCCUGGGAAAUGUUUACUGAGCGUGAGCGAGUGUGUCUUUAUUUUCUCUCUACACAAUCUGCACUCAGUCUGGUCCCAUUACGCUCAUUGCUUUCAUCGUCUUUUUAGCCAAGAACUUGGAAAUGAUUGCACUCAUUCAUGUGGUACACAAGCCUGUAAAAGCACUGGUUGCAUAAGAUACCACAUAUCUAGAUACCAUCCCACUCAAGUUUUCUACAGCUGAAAAUGGAGUGUGCCUUGUUCCCUUUGCAGCUGCUACGUUUUCUUAUUGAAUUGCACCUUAAUGCAUCUUAUUGUGUUCUUAAAUCCUUGUAGCAUGCAGCUCAGAUGGAGCAGAUUUGGGGCUUUGGAACUAAGAGUUCAUUAAGUUUGGAGGUUUUUUGGGGAGAAAUGAAAGGAGCUGAGCCCAAAAUAUGUAUGUGAUCUCUCCGUGUGUGUGUGUGUGUGUGUGUGUGUGUGUGUGCGUAAAUUCAUCCCCCACCCCCUCAUUAAGCCUGACAUCGCCAUCUUAGGGUGCAGUGAAUUGUGACAUCACGCGCUAAACAUGAGGCUGGGGUGGUGCCUCCGAAAAGGCCAAGGCUCAAGACGCUGUCAUCGGGGUUUCCUCACAUCUUUCUCCCCCCAAUUAGGGUCAUGUGAUGCAUCUCUGCACUGUGUUAUGUGAACUAAAAAGGAUCCAAGAGGUGCAAAACUUGAAGAAAUUCUGAAUAGUGGUAGUAAAAGUUGGGGAAUUUGAGAUUUUGUUUAUUUGUAACUUGACUUUAUUUUUGUUUUGUUUUAACUAUGAAGAAAAAUCUCUGUUAGGUAUUAUCAUUAUUCAGUGCAUUUAUCAUAACUAAAUGCUUUAGUUAGUAUUCAUCUGUCAAACAUGUCAUUUUAGCCACUGUGAUGUCUUUAUUAUCAUCAUGUACGAAUGCAUCUAUUCAGCACUGUUAACGUCAAUUUAGAGAAAGCAUUAUUAAUUUAUUUCUUUGCCAGUAUUUUUUUCAUAAUGGGUUGAUGCAGAAAACUAUCUUUUAUUUUUAUAUGAAUUUAAAAAAAAGAAAGAAGUGAAAUGUUUGUGUAUGAUGUAUGAUAUGUAUAAUUGAAUACAGAAG